AUGGGGCUAAGAGUUGCCAGCCUUUUGAUGCUGUGGCUGGCUUUUUCCUCUGCAAAUGAAAUAAGAAAAGGAAGGACAAGAAACCAUGGCAACUAUGUCUGCAGCACUUGGGGAAACAACCAUUUCAAAACUUUCGAUGGAGACAUCUAUCAAUUCCCUGGCAUUUGCGAGUAUAACUUUGCUUCUGACUGCCAAGAGUCUUACAAGGAGUUCUCUGUCCACAUUCAGCGUACUAUGAACAGCAAUAACCACCCUGAGAUCCAGUAUAUUCUGCUAACAAUCAAGGACUUGACCGUUUACCUCAGACCAAAACUGGUUGUGGUGGAUGGGCGGAUCGUGAAGACACCUUACUACAGCUCCGGUAUGCUCAUUGAGAGCAAUGACAUUUACACCAAGGUUUAUGCCAAAUUAGGUCUGAUUCUGAUAUGGAAUCAGGAAGAUGCACUGAUGGUGGAGCUGGACAGCAAAUUUAAUAACCAUACAUGUGGUCUCUGUGGGGAUUACAAUGGGGUUCCAAUCUACAAUGAGUUUAUCAAUGGAGUUACAAGCUACAAUUCAAUUACGUAUGGGAAUUUGCAGAAGAUCAGCAAACCCAAUGCCAAAUGUGAAGAUCCUGAUGAAACUCAGGCUAUUCCAAGCUGUAAUGGGCAUCGUGAUGAGUGUGAGAGGUUGCUGACGUCCUCUGCAUUUGCUGAUUGUCGGUUGCGUCUUAAUUUGGAAAUGUACAUCCAAGCCUGCAUGCAGGACAAGUGUGCAUGUAAUGGAAAUGAGGACUCCUUCUGCCUCUGCAGCACCAUCUCUGAGUAUUCUCGCCAGUGUUCGCAUGCGGGUGGCCGGCCGAGUGAAUGGAGAACACAGCAUUUUUGCCCCAAAACCUGUCCUGAUACCAUGAUCUAUAAAGAAAGCAGCUCACCCUGCAUGGAUACUUGCUCACACAUGGAUAUCAGCAACCUUUGUGAGGAACACUACAUGGAUGGUUGUUUCUGCCCUGAAGGAACGGUGUAUGAUGAUAUUACUGGAAAAGGCUGCAUACCUGCUAGCCAGUGCCACUGCAAACUCCAUGGAAAGGAGUAUUCACCUGGAAAAAGCAUUACCAAUGAAUGUGAAGAAUGCACCUGUGAUUCAGGCAGAUGGACGUGCAAAGAUUUACCCUGUCCAGGCACAUGUUCAGUGGAAGGAGGUUCCCAUAUUACCACCUUUGAUGGGAAGAAAUACACCUUCCAUGGAGACUGUUACUAUGUGUUGACCAAGGGUACUGCAAAUGACAGUCAUGCUCUCCUGGCGGAGUUGACUCCCUGUGGCUCCACAGACAGGCAGACCUGUUUGAAAACUGUUGUGCUGUUAACAGAUCACAAAAAAAAUGUGGUGGUUUUCAGAUCAGAUGGCAGCGUUUUACUGAAUGAGAUGACAGUGAACGUGCCUCAUGUGUCAGCCAGCUUCUCAGUAUUCAAGCCAUCUUCCUACUACCUGCUUGUACAAACUCCUUUUGGGCUUCAGCUGCAGAUCCAGUUGUUUCCAGUCAUGCAGCUGUUUGUGACUGUGGAUCAAUCAAUUCAAGGAAAACUUCAAGGUCUUUGUGGAAACUUUAACGGAAUGGAAGGUGAUGACUUUAAAACAAGCAGUGGGCUGGUGGAAGCUACAGGAUCUGCCUUUGCUAACACAUGGAAAGCUCAGUCCACCUGUACAGACCAGGUAGAAAAGCUGGAAGACCCCUGCAGUCUCAGUAUUGAAAGUGCAAAUUAUGCUGAGCAUUGGUGUUCUUUGCUGAAAAACUCAGAGGGUCCUUUUGCAAGAUGUCACUCAAUCAUUGAUCCUUCAGAAUACUAUAAGAAAUGUAAAUAUGAUACCUGCCUUUGUGAAGACAAUGAAGAAUGCUUGUGUGCUGCCCUGUCCUCUUACUCAAGAGCCUGUGCUUUCAAAGGGGUCAUACUGGGAGGCUGGAGAAAAAGUGUCUGCAGUAAUGAAGUGUCUGCCUGCCCAGGAAAUCAAAUCUUCCUUUACAAUCUUACAAUGUGCCAGCAAACCUGUCGAUCCCUGGCUGAUGGUGAAAAGCAUUGCUCGCAAGACUUUGCUCCUGUGGAUGGCUGUGGCUGCCCAUAUAAUACAUACUUGGAUAACCAGGAUAUCUGUGUGCCCAUCUCCAAGUGCCCAUGUUAUUACAAGGGUUCAUACCUGGAACCAGGGGAAUACGUCACAAAAGAUGGAGAACGUUGUGUUUGCCGAAAUGCAAGGGUCCAGUGUACUUCAGUGAUGAUAAGAAUGAAAAGUGCAACAGAAUGUUCUUCUAACAAAACGUACUUUGACUGCAAUGCAUCACCAGAGUGGACUUCACAAACACCUGUACAACUUAGCUGUCAUACUCCUCAAACUGAUCAUUUCCAGGCAGAGUGUGUCUCAGGCUGUGUGUGUCCUGAAGGUCUGUUUGAUGAUGGGAGAGGGGGCUGUGUUGAGGAGAAGGACUGCCCAUGCAGUCAUAACAACCAGUGGUAUUCUCCUGGACAGAAGAUAACAGUGGACUGCAACACCUGUACCUGCCAAAAAGGGCUUUGGAGCUGCACUGAAGACCUGUGCUAUGGGACUUGUACGAUAUAUGGAAGUGGCCAUUAUAUCACCUUUGAUGGAAAAUUCUAUGACUUUGAUGGGAAUUGUGAAUAUGUGGCUACUCAGGAUUUUUGUGGUGACAAAAAUUCCAGUGGCUCAUUCAGUAUCAUCACAGAGAAUGUCCCUUGUGGAACUACAGGAGUCACCUGCUCAAAGGCUAUUAAAAUGUUUCUAGGGAAAACUGAACUGAAAUUGGAGAACAAAGACUAUAAAGAAAUUCAGCGAGAUAUUGGUGAUGAUGUGCAGUAUUGGAACAGGACAGUAGGCCUCUACCUUGUUAUUGAGGCUAGCAAUGGUGUGAUGCUUAUCUGGGAUAAGAAGACUACUGUUUUCAUCAAGCUGACCCCUGAUUACAAAGGCAAAGUGUGUGGUCUGUGUGGCAACUUUGAUGGCAAGUCUAACAAUGACUUUACAACAAGGAGUGGGCUGCAGGAGACUAAUGCUCUGAAGUUUGGCAAUUCCUGGAAACAGUCUUCCAUGUGCCCAGAUGUCACAGAAGAGAUUAAACCCUGUGAUGUGAAACCACAUCGGAAGUCCUGGGCAGAGAAAGAAUGCACUAUCAUCCGGAGUGAAGUCUUUAAAAUUUGUCACUCCAAGGUGGACCCAAUGCCUUUCUAUGAAGCUUGUGUUCAUGACGCUUGCUCUUGUGACAGUGGUGGAGACUGUGAGUGCUUCUGUUCUGCAGUUGCUGCAUAUGCUCAAGAAUGUACCAAGGCUCAGGCCUGUGUUUUCUGGAGAACUCCUGAUAUAUGCCCAAUAUUUUGUGACUACUACAACCCUCGUAAUGAGUGUGACUGGCACUAUGAGCCUUGUGGCAGUAAUGUCACAACCUGCAGGAUGAUUAAUAAUGUCAGCACCAACUUUUCAGUACCAUACCUGGAAGGUUGCUACCCCAGAUGUCCUGAGGACAAACCUGUUUAUAAUGAAGAGACGAAGGAAUGUGUGCAUGGAGAUGAAUGUGGGUGUUACAUCGAUGGAAUUUAUUUCCCCCCUGGGAAUGAAAUACCCACGGAAGAGAACUGUACAACAUGUGUCUGUGGCCCCUCAGGAUCCAUAGAGUGUAAACCAAUCCCAGGGUGUCCUUGUAUCAUCAAUGGAACAAGAUAUGAAGUGAAUCAAACUGUGGCACAAAUACAGGAUGGCAACAUAUGUAUUAUAUACAUUUGUGCAGAAAAUGGUUCUAUAGUUGUUGGAGAUAUUUAUCCUUGUCCAACAUCUACUUCACCUACAACCAUUUCAACCUCCUUUCCUACCAACACUCUUACCACCACAGUCACCACUACAAGCCCUCCAGUAACUACAACUCCAUGCAUGGGACUUGUCUGUGAUUGGACUGAGUGGUUUGAUGUUAGUAAUCCUGAAGAAGAUGGCGGUGACUAUGAAACCUAUGAUGCAAUAAGAAAGGAACAUGGAGACAAAAUAUGUGAAGCUCCUGAAAAAAUUGCAUGCAGAGCUAAAGAGAAUCCUCACAUGAGCUUAGAGGAACUUGGCCAGAAAGUAGAGUGUAAUGUUACAUAUGGACUAAUCUGUAAAAACGAGGAGCAAGAUCCAACUUUGUGGGAACUUUGCUAUAAUUAUGAAAUCAGGGUAAACUGUUGUGAGUGGCGUGAAAUUCCUUGUGAAACUACAGGUACACCAAGUCUAACACCUACAGCAACUUCAACCACCACCAGCACAACAGUACCCACCACGAUGACAACCAGGCACCCAACAUCAAUUACCACCAUACCCAUACCCACCCCAACCAUCACAAGACAACCCACAUCAUCAGUCCCCACCCCAGUAACUUCAACCUCUCCAGCAGAUAUUGAGCUGGCAAGAAGUCUUACUUACGUGGGUUGGGACCUCUAUCCUUCUGCUGGAAAUAAGAUUCCCAGGAGGACCCGUGCUGCAAGAUUAGAGCACACCUACGUCUACGGGCAUAGCAUCCUCUCCAACAAUAUCGACAACCGCUCCCACGACAACGAUAUCACAGCCUCCCAGCAGCAACACCAGCACCACGAUGCCCACCAGCAGCACCACCAGCAGCAGCCCGGGGACAACGACAACUGGUCCUGGCACAACAACACCCACUACGACUACUACAAGCACAUCCACACCCACGCCAACAUACACCACCACCCUAUCAACUCCAUCAACUCCAUCUGUAACACCUACAGGUACUUCUCUGAUCCAUGCUCUCGUGGGUUGCCUUGCCGUCCCGGGGACAAGGACAACUGGUCCUGGCACAACAACACCCACUACGACUACUACAAGCACAUCCACACCCACGCCAACAUACACCACCACCCUAUCAACUCCAUCAACUCCAUCUGUAACACCUACAGGUACUUCUCUGAUCCAUGCUCUCGUGGGUUGCCUUGCCGUGUGAGAAAUGACGAGGGUACAACAACUGAACCAGGAACAUCGACAAAGACGAGUACUACAGUUACUCCUUCAGCUACCCCACGGCCAACAACUAGAACGACAGAAAAGGAAACUACAGUGUCUACCGUAGGCACCACUACUCAGCAGUCCAAACCAUCAGUACCAACAAGCACAGAGACGGUCACCACCUCUGCAGUCACUCAACCAGAGCCGACCACCAAAACCACCACUUCUGGCUCCACAACCCCAGGAUCCACUCCCCACAGCACCACCAGAGUAACAGGAACAACUAGCCAGGAGACCACAACCUCCACGACCACCACAACCACCGGGACUGGGAGCACUCCCACAGGGUCACACACCACCACCGUCAGCACCACAACCUCAGGACUAUCUUCCUCCACGUCUACAGCCAGCACUACUCUAUCCCCAACACCAGGAUCAACAACCACACUGACUGUCACCACCUCUGGAGUCACUCAACCGGAGCCGACCACCAAAACCACAAUUUCUGCCUCCACACCCCCAGGAUCCACUCCCCACAGCACCACCAGAGUAACGGGAACAUCUAGCCAGGAGACGACAACCAAUACAACCACCACAACCACCACAACCGCUGGGACUGGGAGCACUCCCACAGCAUCACACACCACCACCGGCAGCACCCCGGGGACAACGACAACUGGUCCUGGCACAACAACACCCACUACGACUACUACAAGCACAUCCACACCCACGCCAACAUACACCACCACCCUAUCAACUCCAUCAACUCCAUCUGUAACACCUACAGACUGUGCCUGCAACUGGACAGACUGGAUUGACGUGAGUUACCCAGAUGGUUCUGACAGAAACAGUGGUGACUAUGAAACCUUUGAGAAUAUUCUGGCAAAAUACCCUUCCUGGGUCUGCGUGAAUGUUGAGAAUAUUUCAUGCAGAGCAGAGAAAUUCCCUGAUGUUCCCAUUGAAGAUUUAGGGCAGAAGGUGGAAUGCAGUGUUGAGACAGGGCUCAUCUGUAACAAUAAAGAUCAGCCCACAGGAGGUAUUAUACCAAUGCCAGUCUGCCUCAAUUACGAGAUCAGUGUCUGCUGCACCCCUGACUUACCAGAGUGCCUUCCAACUACCACCACAAGCAUCACGACAACCACACCUUCAACCACAACAAGCACAGUGUCCUCUCCAACCGUAUCGACAACCGCUCCCACGACAACGACAUCGCAGCCCCCCAGCAUCACCAGCACCACCACAAUGCCCCCCAGCAGCACCACCAGCAGCAGCCCGGGGACAAGGACAACUGGUCCUGGCACAACAACACCCACUACGACUACUACAAGCACAUCCACACCCACGCCAACAUACACCACCACCCUAUCAACUCCAUCAACUCCAUCUGUAACACCUACAGGUACUUCUCUGAUCCAUGCUCUCGUGGGUUGCCUUGCCGUGGGACCACCCUUGAUUGUGGUGGUGCCCCAGCUUGUUUUCUCUGUCCUGGUUGUUUCUAACUGUUCCUCUUGUUGUUGUCCCCCAGACUGUGCCUGCAACUGGACAGACUGGAUUGACGUGAGUUACCCAGAUGGUUCUGACAGAAACAGUGGUGACUAUGAAACCUUUGAGAAUAUUCUGGCAAAAUACCCUUCCUGGGUCUGCGUGAAUGUUGAGAAUAUUUCAUGCAGAGCAGAGAAAUUCCCUGAUGUUCCCAUUGAAGAUUUAGGGCAGAAGGUGGAAUGCAGUGUUGAGACAGGGCUCAUCUGUAACAAUAAAGAUCAGCCCACAGGAGGUAUUAUACCAAUGCCAGUCUGCCUCAAUUACGAGAUCAGUGUCUGCUGCACCCCUGACUUACCAGAGUGCCUUCCAACUACCACCACAAGCAUCACGACAACCACACCUUCAACCACAACAAGCACAGUGUCCUCUCCAACCGUAUCGACAACCGCUCCCACGACAACGACAUCGCAGCCCCCCAGCAGCACCAGCACCACCACAAUGCCCCCCAGCAGCACCACCAGCAGCAGCCCGGGGACGACAACUGUUCCUGGCACACCAAAACCCACCCCAACUACUACAAGCACGCCCGGAACACCAAUUGUAAACACCAAAACCCCGCUGCCUCCAACUUCAGAAGAAUUGAAGAGCACAACAACUGAACCAGGAACAUCGACAAAGACGAGUACUACAGUUACUCCUUCAGCUACCCCACGGCCAACAACUAGAACGACAGAAAAGGAAACUACAGUGUCUACCGUAGGCACCACUACUCAGCAGUCCAAACCAUCAGUACCAACAAGCACAGAGACGGUCACCACCUCUGCAGUCACUCAACCAGAGUCGACCACCAAAACCACCACUUCUGGCUCCACAACCCCAGGAUCCACUCCCCACAGCACCACCAGAGUAACAGGAACAACUAGCCAGGAGACCACAACCACCACAACCACCACAACCACCGGGACUGGGAGCACUCCCACAGGGUCACACACCACCACCGUCAGCACCACAACCUCAGGACUAUCUUCCUCCACGUCUACAGCCAGCACUACUCUAUCCCCAACACCAGGAUCAACAACCACACUGACUGUCACCACCUCUGGAGUCACUCAACCGGAGCCGACCACCAAAACCACAAUUUCUGCCUCCACACCCCCAGGAUCCACUCCCCACAGCACCACCAGAGUAACGGGAACAUCUAGCCAGGAGACGACAACCAAUACAACCACCACAACCACCACAACCGCUGGGACUGGGAGCACUCCCACAGCAUCACACACCACCACCGGCAGCACCCCGGGGACAACGACAACUGGUCCUGGCACAACAACACCCACUACGACUACUACAAGCACAUCCACACCCACGCCAACAUACACCACCACCCUAUCAACUCCAUCAACUCCAUCUGUAACACCUACAGGUACUUCUCUGAUCCAUGCUCUCGCAGAUGCAGAACUGAUGAGAACCUCCGCAACCACCACAACCACUGGGACUGGGAGCACUCCCACAGGAUCACACACCUCCACCAUCAGCACCACAACCUCAGUAUCAUCUUCCUCCACGUCUACAGCCAGCACUACUCUAUCCCCAACACCAGGAUCAACAACCACACUGACUGUCACCACCUCUGGAGUCACUCAACCAGAGCCGACCACCAAAACCACCACUUCUGGCUCCACAACCCCAGGAUCCACUCCCCACAGCACCACCAGAGUAACGGGAACAUCUAGCCAGGAGACCACAACCUCCACAACCACCACAACCACUGGGACUGGGAGCACUCCCACAGGAUCACACACCUCCACCAUCAGCACCACAACCUCAGUAUCAUCUUCCUCCACGUCUACAGCCAGCACUACUCUAUCCCCAACACCAGGAUCAACAACCACACUGACAGUCACCACCUCUGGAGUCACUGAAACAUCAUCAGCCACCACUUCUGGCUCCACACCCCCAGGAUCCACUCCCCGCAGCACCACAGUAAUGACUGAAAUUAGUAGCCCAGUGACAACCACUGCAACUCAGGGUACUCUGACAGGAUCUACUGCCAUCACUACCACCGCAAGUUCAGGACCAUCCUCCUUAGUGCCUACUGUUAGCACUAUUGUAUCUCUGCCAUCAGUAUCAACCACCCCCAUGUCAGUCACCACCUCUGGUACAACUCCAACAGAAUCUUUUACCACCACUUCAGGAACAACCUCUAAGAAUUUUACCACAAUCACUCUAACUACCACCACCACUACCUCUGUUUCCACUCCCUCAAAUUAUACUUCUGGGCCUACUGCAACAUCAAGUGCAGUCACCACUGUGGGAAGUUCUACGUACAGCACAGUUACUCCACUCAGUCCUUCAAGUUCAACUACAAGUCCACCAGCAACCACUCCUGGAAAAAACUGUUCCAUUUCACCUAAUGAAUCUUAUGCACCAGGUGAUUCAUGGUGGCUCUGUGACUGCGUUAAUGUAACAUGUAUAGAAGACAAUAUAGUCCAAGUGGUUCCCAUAAUCUGUAAUCCACCUCCUAAACCUACAUGUACCAAUGGGCUUUCUCCAGUGCCAGUCAUUGAUAAGGACGGAUGCUGUUGGCACUGGGAGUGUGAUUGUUAUUGCACUGGUUGGGGAGACCCACAUUACAUAACUUUUGAUGGACUGUACUACAGCUAUCAAGGGAAUUGUACAUACGUCCUUGUGGAAGAGAUUAAUAAGAAAGUUGACAACUUUGGUGUCUACAUUGACAACUACCAUUGUGACACACGGGAUGUAGUCUCCUGUCCUCGAACGCUCAUUGUGAGACAUGAGACUCAGGAAGUGCGCAUAGCAGUAGUCAAACCAAAUACUCUACAAGUAGAGGUGACAGUAAACAAACAGGCAGUGGCUUUGCCUUAUAAAAAAUUUGGCUUGAGCAUCUAUGAGUCAGGCAUAAAUCGUGUAGUGGAAAUUCCUGAGCUGAAAACGAAUGUGACCUACAACGGCUUGUCCUUUUCUAUCAGAAUGCCCUACAGCCUGUUUGGCAACAACACUCACGGGCAGUGUGGUAUUUGCAAUAACAACACAGCAGAUGACUGCAUGUUGCCAAAUGGAAACAUUGCAGAAAACUGUGAAACCAUGGCGGAUCAUUGGCAAGUGGAUGAUCCUUCCAAACCGCAGUGCUCUCCAGGCCUAAGUCCUACAAAGGCACCAAGCACGACCCCAAUGCAGCCUUGCAAAGAAUCUUCCAUCUGCGAGCUUCUUUUGGGAAGUGUGUUUGAGCCCUGUCAUGAAUUUGUCCAUCCUGAAAAGUACUAUGCAGCCUGCGUUUUUGAUAGUUGUCUAGUUCCCAACUUGGACCUGGAAUGCUCAAGUCUGCAGAUCUAUGCUGCCACCUGUGCUGAUCAAAGUGUAUGCAUUGACUGGAGAAGUCACACCAAUGGUGUUUGCUGCACUUAUAAAUGCCCGUCAGGUAAAGAAUACAGAGCAUGUGGUCCUACUAAAGAGAUAACCUGCAAAUCAAGUCAACAAAAUGAAACUUCAACUAAACAAGUGGAAGGCUGUUUCUGUCCUAAUGGAACAAUGCUGUAUGACACUGGUGUGGAUGUCUGUGUGAAAACUUGUGGCUGUGUUGGAGUGGAUAAGAUACCAAGAGAGUUUGGGGAAAAGUUUACAGUAGACUGUCAAGACUGUAUUUGCCUGGAAGGUGGAAAUGGCAUUGUAUGUGGGCCUCAUGAGUGUCCCAAACAAAAUAAGACCACUUGUGAUGGAGAAGGCUUCUAUGAGGUCAAUGAAGUAAAUUCUGAAGACUCGUGCUGCCCCAUUGUCACCUGCAAAUGCAAUACAAGCUUGUGCACAGCUAAAGCCCCCAAGUGUAAACUGGGAUUUGAAAUUCAUUCUUAUAUUCCCAGUGGUCAGUGCUGUCCUGUGUAUCAGUGUGUUCCCAAGAGGGUUUGUGUACAUCAGAAUGCUGAGUUCUUGCCUAACUCGUCAGUCUUUGUUGAUAAAUGCCAGAAUUGUUUCUGCACUAAUGAAGUUAAUGUCAGCACUCAAUUGAAUAUCAUCUCAUGUGAACAUAUUCCAUGCAACACAUAUUGUAAAGCAGGAUAUGAACUUCAACCAGUGAAAGGUGAAUGUUGUGGAAGAUGUGUGCAGACUAAGUGUGUUAUACAUACAGCAGACAAUUCUGAGCUCAUAUUGAGUCCUGGAGAGUUUAAAAAUGAUCCUUACAACAACUGCACCAUUUAUAGCUGUGCAAAUAUCCACAAUCAGCUUAUCUCUUCCACAUCUGAGAUUACCUGCCCAGCAUUCAAUGAGGAAAGCUGCAAACCUGGAACGAUUACACUCUUACCUAAUGGUUGUUGCAAAACCUGUGCACCUCUGGAUAGUUCCACACCGUGCUCUGUCCGUGAAAGAACAGACUUUAUCACCUAUAGGGGCUGCCGUUCUGUGGACAGAGUUGUCAUGACUGAAUGUGAAGGAACAUGUGGAACUUUCUCACUAUACUCUGCUGAGGCUAAUUCUAUGGAGCACAGCUGUUCCUGCUGCAGGGAAUCAAGGACUUCUGUGAGGAAAGUGGAACUGAAAUGCCCCACUGGGCAUUCAAUUUCACAUGAGUAUAUAUAUGUGGAAAGCUGCAGCUGUCAAGACACUGAAUGCAGCAGCUCCCAAUCCAGUGAGUCACAGAGUACAGAAGAAAAUGACAAGGCAAGAACUCUGAACCGUAUCAAGAGGGCCAUCAGUUUAACAUCAAAAUGA